GGCGUUUGACGGUCAUCGUUGGGAAUCAGUAUCAGGUCGAACGUGAAUCGUGGAGCACGCCAAAUGUACGUCCGGAAUUGUUUGCUAUUUUACUGGAUCUGUACGCUGAUCUCGUUGGCGGCCGCCGACGUCACCGUCCCCGAGGAUGAGGAUAAUCCGGCCAGAAUCUUGCUGGUGUCUAGUCUAGAGGGUCAUUGCCAAACAGAGGGCCAGGUUACCACCUGUAGAGGUUUCAAUUUCGAAGAUGAGGAAGAGAGGGCAACGUUUGAUUUGCCAACAGAGGUGAGGAUUAGAGAGGAUGGUACCACCUAUGAAGUUGGCAAUGAAGAUCCCUCAAGAACACUGAUCUUUGAGAAUUGUACCUUCACAAACUUUCCCCUGAGACUUUUCUACACCCUGGAGGUGACUGAGUUGGAUAUGCGAGGCUGUGGCAUUCGAUUCAUUUACUGGGAGAACUUCUCCAUUGGCGCUGACAAGUUGGUAAUCCUUCUGCUAACGGAUAAUAAAAUUCAGAUGUUGCCAUCGAAAACCUUCAGGGGAGCCGGAAACUUGGAGUUCCUCUUCCUCAAUCGCAACAAACUAAACAAACUCCAGGCGGGUGCUUUUGACAACCUAAACAAGUUGCAGUAUCUGGAUCUAACAGAGAAUCUCUUGGAGGAUCUACCAAUGAAUAUAUUCUCGGAACUGAAAAGCCUGAUGCACGUGGGAUUGGCUGAUAACCAAUUGACCAUUAUUGAGAGUGAUUUGUUUGCCCAAAACCCGGGACUUCUAUCAGUCAAUAUGCAGAGCAACCGAAUUCGGGAGGUGGGGGAGUACGCCUUUCGAUCCCAGGGGCGUGACCAUCAGAUGCAAUACGUAGAUCUAUCGCAUAACCCGAAGCUGACUGUGCUGCUGCUGAAUAUUAAUGCCACCAAUCUGACCGUUCGCAACUGCUCACUGGACCGUGUCAAUUUGUACGGCUCGGUGACGAAUGUCGAUCUGAGUAAUAAUCGCGUGCGGGAGCUGUACUUUCCCGCCUCGGAGGCCCUUGAGCAUUUGGUGCUGCGCAACAACUCGCUGGUUCAGUUGGCAUCUUUGAGUCGGGUUCCCAGGCUGCGACACCUGGAUGUGGCCGAUAAUCCGCAACUUGGCCAAUUACCCAAAGGUUGGCAAACGCCUCAUCUCGAAAUGUUGGUUUUACGAAACACUGGGCAAGUGGAACUCCCACUGGAGGCUUUGCAGGGAAUGCCAAAUCUACAGAAGCUGGAUAUUUCCGGCAAUAAUCUCACGGAAAUCGAUCCCUCCUCUUUCGCAACGCUCUCGCAGUUGACUCACUUCUAUAUCCAUGGCAAUAACUGGAACUGUUUUAGUCUGACAACCAUAAUGGAUGUACUCAUCCGUGCCAAUGGCAUUACCUACACCAUAGACGACUACAAUCCAAAUUUUCCGGGUGAAUAUUUCCAUGGUAUAGCCUGUAUGUAUCGCUUGUCUGAAAAGGAGCCACUGGACUCAAGUGGCUCCUCGGAAAUCUCAGCGAGUGUGGAGUCCACGCCAAAGCUAGGUUCUGCUAAUUCUGAUCCCAGUGAAGUGGAAAAACUGCGUCAGGAACUCAAGGCGGUGGUGCAGCAUUUCGAGGCCAAGUUUGAUUUCAUAUUUGGUCAACUGUCUCAGCUGAAUGAGCAAAUGCAGGCCUUUGAAGUACUUAACAAAACUGUUUGGAGUCAGGUCACCCUUUCGAUCUAAGGCAUUUAUUAUUUUGUUUGAUAAAAAGCUGUGUAAAUUAUAGUCCUUUUGAUGUUAUCAAUAAAUGUUUUUAUCUAUAAAUUUAAAUAUUUUUAACUGAAAGUAAAAGUAUUGUCAUUGACUUAUUAUCUUUCUCUGAAAUAAACUUUAAUUAUGUUAAUAAAAAAAUAACUUUAAAGGCUUUGUCUGUCUUUGCAAUACA